GAGACGACGACGACGCCAUCAGUUCACGUUCAGAGGUCGACCGGCUAAGACAACAUUGCCAGCGGUCAGUUUCAGUUGCACUGACGCAAUGCGAAGAUAGUAUUCGGUAUUGUUCGCACUCAGAGAGCUGGUUGGUCUUCACGUUUGAUUAUUAUCAAGUGAUCAAAAGGAGUGUGAAUUUGCGUGAGACUUAAGAAACAUAUAAGUUUGGGAAACUUGUUUUGCGCAAGGACCUUUCUUUGAAAAGUUACACGGUGUUUUUUUUAUUGUCUGAGACUUUGGAGCGUUGAAACAAGGAAAGGUAUACAGAUUCAUUACAACUAAACACCAAGAUGGACAUCGGGCGCCUUCAUUCAGUCACCCUUUUAGUUCUGCGACUGGCCACCAUAUGGUCCACCCUUCCCCCUCCUACAAGCGCUCCCCCACCUCCUACCCUGCAUCUCCCCAAGCCCACAGCUCACGCCAUAGUAGGCCCACAACCCACAUCGAACCUAUUUGCAACGACCUACUACGACAGCCUUAACGAAAACCUCAAUUUCCGAAUCGAAUCCAACCACCGAGACGGUGCCUUAGGCGAAGCCGCCAACGAAAGUAAACAACCCAGAGAAAGACGACCUGAGGUGACGUUGGGAGCCGAGUUCCAGGGAGACGACGCGACUCAGUCAAGACGAAGACGCUCUGAGGACGCAACCCAGAACAAAACAACGCACGACGGCGCCAAGAUACUCGGCAAUGGCGAGUCAGUUCUCGUGCCCAUUGCAGUCGCAGAUGAUGACGACGAUGCCACGGACAGUUCGGAAGGGCCUCCCUCCGAGGAAAACGCAGCAGUACCCGACUAUGGCGAAGGGGAAGACAUCGCCAUCAACAUUACAAAUUACGAGAUACUCUACGACUCGUCGGUGUUCAAUAACAGCUUUGCCAUCGUUAACAAUUCGUCGAGAAACUCCACGGAUGUCUUCAUAGCGACGACAGGGGUGUAUGAAUAUCAAAUGCUCAAGGUUGCUGUGCUGUGCACUGUGCUAUCCAUCAUUCUUCUGUCAACUUGCAAAAUGUUGCUGCAAGUUUUUGCCAAGUACGCAGGCAAGGACAAACCCAACGAGAUAUGAAGUUCAUGAAGGAAUAAGCAAAAGAAAGGACACAAAAGCAAUGGUAGACAGCAUCCAUCGUCGAAGUCAUCUUAAGCCCACUCGAGGAUGAAGAGCUGAACUUGUAGAAGUCCUCUUCACCUUUAUAAUCAUGGGUUGGUGGGUAUCUCCAGAACAGGUCAGCAGAAUCUGAUGAAAUUUAACAGGUAUUUUCAUCGUGUUGCCUUCUGUAGGUGAUGACUUUUAUUUGGCAAAAUUUUGCUCACAGUUGAUAUAGCAUCAUGUUAGAAAAAUAAUUAAGUCAGGUGGUUUCUCCUACUGAAGUUAUUUCUCCGUACGGUUACCUGAUGGCAAAAUUUCAUUAAAAUCUGCUUGCCUGUUUCUGAGAUAUUCUAGUAACACAGUAACAUCCUAUAGACACAACCCGAGGUAACAUGCAAAAGAAGGUGAACUGUAAUUAUUACCUUUUAAAGCUUGGGUUGGUAAUUAGGUGACAACCAACGAAAAGAAACACACUGAUGUCAAGGUUAUCUCAAAACAGCUGACACUUUAGAUUCAGAUCGUCUUUGGGGUACCUUGAGAUAAAGGGUAUAAAAAGAGUAAAUAUAUUGCCUGGAAUGUGAUAAAUAUAUCUAAGGAGGCUUUGUAAUAAAGCAAGAGAUAGUGUGGUGAAUAUUAAAUUCAGAAUCUUGGAUAAUAACCGUCAGGAAUGUAUUUCUCUUCUUUACUGUCAUGAAAAGCAUAAAUAAGUCAGUAAGCAAGAGAGUCGUGAGAAUGUUCCCCUGUGAACCACAUGGCUGAAGUCAGACGACUGUCUAUUGGAUUUCUGUCAGCAACGAACGACCUCAAGGUAAAUAUUGCACCUGAUUCAUGUUUCCAACGAGACGUUAUCCAUAUAUUAUGAGACGCAUAAGUUAUUUCAGUCAUAAGUGAAAUUGCGUCAAUAUCAAAUUACUCCUGCUAGAAGCAAUUUUCUCUCUUUUUUUUUUUGAUAAAGAGGGGAAUUCAUUCCACUGAAGAGCAAGUUCCCUUCAUUGAGGAUGUACAAAGUACCAGUUUCUGAUCUCUGUCUGAUCAAAACUAAUAUUUUUUUGUUUUAUUUUUUUAUUUUUGAGUAAACAUAUGACAUAUAACCCCCCUUUUCCCAGCUGUAUUUAAUUUCUUGCCUGGGAAAACCUAGUAAAACUUUUCGUUAGCUGACACGUUAUUCUGGGAGUGAGCGUGAAGUGUACUUAAAUGCUGAAGUAUAUUAGUUUAGUUUAUUUUCUUAGAUUAGCUAUAUACGUAGUCACAGGCUUAAGGAUGUUGGGCAGAUUAAAGCUGUUGGCCCGGGCCUAAUUCAGAUCAGUUUAGGUUUUCAUGACAGUUUUGUAAAAGUAGGAAAUAUUUCUACGUUAGGUUAGGUUAGGUUAGGGAAGCUUCCUUCAUUUUCUACCAAAACAAUCCAAGAAUUUUAUAUUUUUGCUUUUUUAUUUAUAAAAUAAAACUGUAUAAUAACCUGCAAAACUGAUGUCAUUUUUUUACCAGAUCGUCUGUAAGAUUCACUUUCCUGGACUGCACGAUUAUUUAGCUAAAGCUUAACGUUACUAAUUUACAUUAAUAUAUUAAUAUAUUAACGAUUAUAUCAAUCAUCUGUGUACGUUUGAUAGUCCUAUUUAGCUAAAACUAUUUCAAAGACUAUCGGUAUAUAAUAAAGAUGGUGAUGAUUUUCGAGAAAUAGAAUUCUCAAAGACUAUUGCUACUCCGGGUCCUAAUGAAGAUGAUGAUUUCCGAGAAAUAGAAUUCUCAAAGACUAUUGUUACUUUAGGUCACAAUGAAGCUGAUAAUGUUUAUCGAGAGAUAGAAAAAUUCUCAAAGACUAUUGUUAAAUUAGAUCAUAAUGAAGAUGAUGAUUUUUGAGAGACAGAAUUCUAAAAGACUAUUGUUACCUUAGGUCAUAAUGAAGAAGAUGGUGAUAUUCAAGAAAUAUAAGAAAAUACAACAAAUCAUUUACAGUAAAUUCAGACGAAUUUGCAGCAAUACUUUUACUUUGUAAAUGAUUAAAAAGUAGUUUGGACCUUAGUACUUGCCUUUUCAAAGACGUCGAUUGACUUAGCAACGAUAUAGAAUGCUUUUUGAUAUCAUGGUUUUAUACCUAAUCUAAUUAAUACUUAUGCGAUGAUGACGACUAAUACACAAUUGUUCAGUUUUACGCCCUUUUUUCAUGGAACUGCUCAUCAUUUUGAAAUUGUUUUUUAGACAUACCUUAUUAUUUUAACAGUUCCUGUGCCUUUUGAAAUUUUUUCAUAUGGCUUAAAUUAUUCUGUUCAAACUGAUUAAAUUACUUUUGUUCUACGACUUUCUCAUCCUGAAAAAAAAGAAAGAAAAGAUAUUGCUACACUAGGUUCCAAGAUAUUUUGGUUUGGUGAUUCUGUCAUUGAGUAAGACACCACUCUAUUGGGUAUCUUUAUAUCUAUUUAUUUAUUUACUCAUUUAUUUUAUAAUUUCAUGAUUUGUUAAACCACGAAUUCGCUUGGCUGAGGUGUUCCCACAGUUACGGAACAUCUGGUGCUACUUUGGCUCGUCAUCUACACGCCAUCCACUCCAAGGUGAUAGUACUAAACACGGCGGAAGCUCCUUGGGACGAUGUGUUUAGUACUAGUCCUUUGGUGAUCAAAUUAUUAUAUGUACCCAUUUCUGUCUUGUGUGGUCGCCAAAUUAUAUUUAUAAACGAUGCCUUUGUGCGGGAGUCUACAGUGCAUUUAACAUACGGCGUUUAGUACCAAAGUAUAUACAGGGUAGUACCAGUACCAUUACAAGUAUUUAUGGCUUGUAAUGGUACUCUGACUUUAUGGACACCCUGUACUUUUAGUACUAUAGUAGAUUCACAUCAACCGUGCUUUUGAUGUCUAGGCCAGUCCCUUACGACGCUCCU